AUGAAAACUUCGGAAAUAAGAGCUAAUACGAAGCAUAUCUUAUUUUUAUUCACGUUUAUUACAUUUAAUUUUUUUACACAAACAAAAUCAAAUAAUUGCACGGGUGAUAUCAAAAUAAACACCCAGCACGACCUAGACAUACUAGAAAAUUGUAACUUUUAUUCAGGCACCAUCGAUAUUUCUGAAACUACCCUUACAAGGGUCAUAAUCCCACAUAUCAAAACCCUACAUGGGUCAUUCAACAUAAAAAAUAACACAAAACUCGUCGAAAUUUCUGCGUUUGCUCUAAAAAGUACAACUAAUUUCAUUUCUGUAGGAAAUUUGAAUUUGACUACGGUUAGCUUGCCUAAAUUAAGAAUAACUACAAAGUCAUUUGAAAUAGAAAACGCGCCGCUUUUGAAGAUUUUACUUUUCCCUCGUGGUUUGCUUGAAGCAAGGAAUUUUCGUGUUAAGAGAACAGGAAUUAAUGAAAUUAUUGGACUUAAUGUCGUCGCAAUGAAUACUUUGGAGUUACUGAAUAAUAUUAAUUUGGAUCGUGUAUCAUUGCCUAAAUUACACUCCGUUAAUUUAAUCCGAAUCUAUAAAAAUGGAAAAUCUGAUUUUACCUUUGAGGCACAUAAUUUAGCAGCACUUGGUGAAAGCCUAUUUCAAAAUAUCGAUACCCUUUCUCUUCCGCUUCUUAAAAGAGCUUCAUCCUCAUUAACAUUUACCGAGAAUACAAUUACGAGGCUAUCAAUUCCCAAUCUGGACCAAAUUUUAGGAUCACUCACAAUAACAUUAAAUCCGCAACUUGAAUCAAUUUCAUUCCCAUCACUCAAUCAUAUCGGCGGAAAUCUCAUGAUUGAUAAUAAUCCCCGUCUCUGGAUAAUUGAUCAGCUAAACGAACUCAAAAAAGUCGAUAACAAGAUACAACUUGGUGGAAAUUUUUCGAAAAUCCUUUUUAAAUCGUUAAAGAAAUUCCUGGGUGAUCUUUUCAUUCAGACAAGUACGACAGAAAUCACUUGUGCUGAUUUUUUUUAUUUACGUGAAGGUGGUGUAAUUGUUAUUAACAACGUAAAAUGUGAGUUUAAAGUGGAGUUACCAGAUGAUGAACAUAGACAUGAAUACUUAAUUAUUGAAAAUGAUCAUUUGUGGUCUCCUUUUGCUAGAAUUUCAAAUGCAGAAAUAAGUCAAAAGUGA